UCGAAUUUGUUUACUAUCCAUUUAGGAUCUGGAUUCCCGGAUUUUUUCAUCCAAUCAAGGAGAAUGUUUGUGAAUUCUACAAUCCAGGCAUGGGCUUGGACAUACCUCCUAUUCCCACUCUCACUCCAAUAGUCGCCAUUGAUCAACACAAAUUUUGGGUUGGCGAAUCCGCCCAAUGAACUAUUCGGAUCAGCCAUUGAGAACUGUAUUUUUAUCUUAAAAUAAAAUAGUGACACAAAUAAAUAAAAGAUAUGGUUGAGAUGUAAAAUAUUAUACCUUGAAGAGAACAGAGAAGUCUAAUAAUUUAUAAUACGACUGUAAGCUUAAGAAUUCACAAAAUUAAGUUUAGUUACAGCUACUUAGCCUUCCAACGCAGCGAAAAUCUCCGUAGAAAAGAAAUGAAAUUUUAUUUCGAAAUAGAAAUUUUUUUUUUCUUUCCUUAUCUUAUCUUAUCGCAAGCUCGCAGCACACUGAUAUCUCAUAAAGUAUGUGAUUAAGGCCUAGCCUAGUAACUACGCAAUAGCACAAUUUCGAAACCUUGUCAUACAAAGACGCAGUGGUUGAAAAUUUCGCUUAAAAAUUGUGAAUGUGAUUUUCUUUUAGUGCAUAAAUAUGGAUACGGACAUGGAGGAAAUUAGCACUGAUACAGAUUUUUGCUAUAAAAUCCCCCGCUGGAACUUUCCAACCCAUUACCUUAACUAUGAUCGUUAUAAUCAACUGAAGACAAAAUCACUUACAGAUGAUGAUGAACGUGAGAAAUUCGUUCUUGUAAGACGAAUACAUCCCAACGUCUUCAAAAUCGUAGAGAACUAUGACAGUUACAAGAGAAGGGAAUACACUCAUUUUCGUGGAGAAUGCACCACAUUAAAUAAAAUCUGGAGGAGUGAUAAAAAAAAGAAACUACUACCGGAUCAUUUUACAGCUAUAUUGCAAUUAGCUUUAGGACUUGAGUACCUUCACUCACAAAAAUUGAUUCACGGAGAUAUAAAACCGGAAAACGUCGUCAUUUGCAACAGUGGUACUGAGAUAACUUUGAAAUGGGCCUAUUUCGAAUCGCCAUCACGCUAUGACAAAUCAAAGAAAGUUGAUAUUCAAGAGCAAACAAAUAAACAAAAAGUAAGUGAUCGAAUUGAUCAACUAAUGCAAAAGGGAGAAGAGAAGCUGGAAUCAGAAACGAAUAUCGAAAAAGCAACAGGAUCAACAUUUUCUAUAGAACAUGAAAAAAAUCCACAAAAAACAACUGAUGAAACGCACACAAUAAAGCAAAAGUUGCAAGAUAAGGAAGAAUCCAAAAUAAAUAUCGAAAAAGGAACUGAGAAAAUGAGUGACAUUGACACAAAAAAAUUCCUCAUGUUUGAAACAAAAUUUUUCACGGAUAAAAGAUCGAGAACAUGGCAAGCUCCCGAGUUGCAAACAUUAUCAAAUCCUCGAACACUUGCUACUUUUGAAAGUGACGUCUUUGCAGCGGGCUUGGUCUUUGGUUCGCUUCUUUUAAAUGGAGCCCAUCCUUUUGGAGUUGAUGAAGACAAAAUAAUAUCAAACAUCAAAAUGAAUGAACCGGUCAAUGUUAAAAAAAUGGAAUCGAAACGAGUUACUGAAUUAAUCUUGCAAAUGUUGACUUACAAAAAAGAAGAAAGAAUAAUUACAUCGUCAGAUGUUGUUGAACAAAUGCAAUUAAUCCAAAAAGAGAUUUUAGAAAUUCCCACAUUAAUAGACGAAUUGGGAAAGAAAACCAUCAUACCAUGGUAUUGCCGAUUUAAUCAUCAGGAAAAAAAUGUAAUUCAAACACUUCAACUCCUAAUUGCAAAUGGAGGCGAUGUCAACAGUGUCGAUGAAAAUGGAAAUAACGCGCUACAAAUUAUGUGUAACUUUUACAAACUGGAAAAUUUAAUUGAGUUAAUUCAACUUUUGAUUGAAAAUGGAAUCAAAGUCAAUUGCGAAAACAGAUACGGAGAUAAUGCUCUCACUUUAUUGUGCGCAAGUUAUAAAAACGAAAAUUUAAUCGACAUCAUUCGACUUUUGAUUGAAAAUGGAAUCGAAGUCAAUUGCAAAACCAAGUACGGAAAUGCUCUCACUUCCUUGUGCCGCAAUUAUCAAAUCGAAAAUUUAAUUGAUAUCAUUCGACUUUUGAUUGAAAAUGGAAUCGAAAUCAACUUCAAAGACACGAACGGAUGGAACGUUCUUACUUUAUUGUGUUGUCAUUAUCGAAAAGAAAAUCUAAUUGAGAUAAUUCAACAUCUGAUAAAUAAUGGAAUUGAAGUCAACUGCAAAAACCACCACGGAGAUAAUGCUCUCACUACAUUGUGCGAAUAUUAUAAAAACGAAAAUUUGAUUGAGAUAAUUCAACUUUUCAUUGAAAAGAGGAUCGAUAUCAAUUUCAAAACCAAAUCCGGAGAUAAUGCUCUCACUAAAUUGUGCACAUACACAAAUAAAGACGAAAAUUUAAUUGACAUUAUUCGACUUUUAAUCAAAAACAGAAUCGAAAUCAACUGCAACAACAACUACGGAGAUAAUGCUCUCAUUAAAUUGUGCGAAUAUUAUAAAAACGAAAAUUUGAUUGAGAUAAUUCAACUUUUCAUCGAAAAUGGGAUCGACAUCAAUAACAAAAACAUUUUCGGAGAAAAUGCGUUCACUUUAUUAUGCGGAAAUUAUAAAAAGGAAAAUUUAAUUGAGAUAAUUCAACUUUUCAUCGAAAAUGGGAUCGACAUCAAUUGCAAAAACAACAAAGGAGAUAAUGCUCUCACUAAAUUGUGCAAAUAUUACAAAAACGAAAAUUUAAUUGACAUCAUUCGACUUCUAAUUGAAAAUGGAAUUGACAUACAUUUGAAAGUAAACCAUUCAGAGAAUGUAUGUCUUUAUGUUUUGGAAAACUUUAAAGAUAAAACUCCAUUAGACGAAGUCAUAAAACUGUUGAUUCGGCAUGGGAUUCAGUUUAGUAGCAAAUGCUGCAAAAAACUGCAAGAAUGCGGAAUGGAAAAUCAAAUCGGUGGAUUGGAAAUACUAAAAUAUAUGGCCGAAGAAGAGUUAAGCUUAGGAUGGCAUCCUAACUGUAGCAGUUGCAAUCAUAUUAUAUCAAUUGAGGAAAGUGCUAGAAGGCAAGCGCAACACCACCAAAUGUUUGGUAACGCAUUUGUUGCCUAUCACAUGAUACUGAAGGAUUUACAAGCAUGGCAGAAAUCUACCCAAAAGUCUGUUGCUGAUCAGGACGAACCAAAUCCAGGAAAAUUGUGCGAAGAAGCUCAAAACCAUUUUACGACCUCUGAAGAUCAAGAGUGCUUUAAAACAAUGGUCGAAAUCGGCGAGCAAAUGAAAGGAGGAGACUCGAGUCUUUUCCAGUGCGACCUGUACGAGCAUUACAUGAGAAGUUUGCAUAGUAUCGCGCGUAUAAUCGGAGCUGAAAAAUCAAAGAAGCAGAUUGAGUUUUUUUAUCUUCUUCCAUUUGAUUAUUCAUUGACGUUCCCAGCCGAUAAAAAAGAUGACCCUGAAUUCAAAACAGCACUUAGCGAAUGGGACAAAACUCUUUUUUGUUGGAUGCAUAAACCAGGCAAUGACUAUUUCGGAAAAACUUUGAAAAAAGAUAGCAUGAAGGGUUUGUUUUCGUCAGUGAAUUAUUCCCUAAAUUGUCACGGGCAACAACGGAAAAAGCAGUGAACUUCAAAAGCGCUCCUUACAUUAUUGAACCCCUAAAUAAAAUUGGGAACCGAUAUAAAUAGUGCAUCAUUUUAGUUUAGAAAAACCAUAAGGGAGCAGGGGUGUCAAAUUACUAAAUAACAUGUGCCUCAUUGGAAUUAAUUUGGGUAAAUCACAAGAAACAAUUGGAAUCUUGAAAUACAUUUUUUUCCCAUCUCAAAUUCAAUUUGGAAGUCAAAAUUAUUCCUUCACUUUGCGUAAGAAAAUAACAGCCAACAAAAAACGUAAGAAAAGCUGGUGAUCACGCUACUAAUGUUUAAUCCAGCAGACACGAACGAACGGCAAAAAAAAGCGUUUUUUUUAAUGCCAGUUGAAGUCACUACUGUUUUCCUGGACAAGAAACUAAUGAAAAUAUUGGAACUUACCGUGAAAUAUUGGACCAGUAUGUGCUAAUGUCCAAUUUUUUGGUGAGUGAAUUAUUAUAGGCCAACUCACUAAACAGGCAGUAAGCCAGGUUCCACCCUUCAUCCUGGCAGAAAAUAAACAGUCACAUAAAAUGUUGUGUCAAUAUUAAGCAAAAGUCUAUUACUAUUCAUUGGGCCAUAUUUUGAAAACUGAAAUAACUUGAGCAACUUAAAAAUGAUAUGAAAUCUUGUAAAGUUACUCCAGAGCCCCUCAGCCUUACUUUAACCCACAAGCCAAACAAGAUUUUCUUUCCAUAAUCCGUAUGCAAGUCCGAGUACACUCAAAGUCAAAUCCUCUUUAAGAAAACAAUUUACAAUCACAU